AUGAUUGAACCCAACAGUUUAGUUAGUUUAGAAACUAAUUUAGCAACAACCGAUAUUGAUGAAGAAAGUCGUAUAAUUAAAAUCGGGCAAGCAGAAAUCAAGGAGAAGAGGGGGGCUAACCAAGAAAAUCCCGAUAGUGGAGGAAGCCAAGCUUUAAAAUUGCUACAUAAGUUAGUCCCGGAAUUUACCAAAACUCACCCCAGCACCAGCACGGAUUUUUUUUAG